UUUACUUCCGCUAUCUGGCUCUUCCUGGUCUAGUGUUCGUUUGCGGCGUUUGGUUUCGGACAACCUUUUGUAUGUAACCUUUUGAAUAAUCUAUAAAUAUAUUUAACUAUGAUAUAACUCAGUGGUGUAAGCUAUGGCUUCAACGAUAAGACAAGUUCUGCAACACAGUCUGGAGGAUCUGUCUAAGGAUGAACUGAAGAAGUUUUGCGCCAGGCUGUUGGACCGUGAGCGGGAGGGAGAGCCUCGGGUCAGGCGCAGAGCACUGGAGGACAAGGACGAAGUCGGUAUCGCUGAUGUUCUCGUCUCAACCUUCACUGAAGCUAAAGCCGGGAGUGUAGUGGUGGAAACGCUGCAGGCCAUCGAGUGUAACCACACCGCAGUGCGACUUGAGGCCGAACUGGAGGAGUUGAAUCUGCCGGGCAGUCGACCUAGUGCCAAUAGUACAACCCCACCGUCAACAGCGAGACCUGUAGAGCACUUUGUGGACCAAUACCGGAGUUCCCUGAUUCAGAGGAUCCGGAGGUUUCCACCUAUCAUCAAUAAACUGCUGGAGCUCGGUGUGCUGAGUCAGGAGGAGUAUGACGCCAUCAUGGCCAUACCCAACCCGCAUGAACAGGCCCGACACCUGUACAACGGGGCCCUGACGACCAAAGGAACCCCAGGAAAGGACAUCUUCCUCAGGGUGCUGGAGGAAAUAGAGCCUUUUCUUCUCCAGGACCUGAGGGGAUCUUGAGCCAUGGUGUGUUACAUAUAACGCCAAACAUAAGCGGCCUGGUGCUAAGGACAACAAUAAUGGAGGGUGCUAAUUGUUUUGGGUCUUUUAUUACUUAUUCUCAACCAAAUGUUUUGUUUAAUUUUGUUAUAAAUAAAUAAAUACUAUGCCUAUAAUGUUUCUCUAUUGUAUUUUUAUGAAUUAGGAAUCAGGCUGUUUUUUAAACGUAUAGCCUACGCGCAAGUGACGCGAUGCGACCGAGAAACUAUACGCCUACAUUUGAGUGGUCUGGAAUGUUGUAUGACAGGGCAAUGGACAGUAAAAAAUAAAAUAAUAAUCGAUUGGGUGUAUGAAUUAGGAAUCAGGCUUUUUGCAACAGAAGUGCAGAAGUAGAACCAGAAUUAAUUUAGUUUUCACAUAUAGGAUAUAGGUAGGUAAUUCAUGUUAUUCAUUGUAAUUUGUUGGAAUCCCAGGCACAUGGUUUGAAAACCAGUGGUACAUUGGUGCGGCGUCAGUUCUAGGGGUUCCAUUUGUUUGAGGCCUCGAGCAAGGCCCACCAGGACCACCAGAUGUCACACACCGUGGACACAAUGUAAGAAGUCUAAACUGACUCAAGCAUCGAUCAUCUCUGAGAAAUUCUCUCUCGCGGAUUUUUGAUACGGUUUUGAAAAAAAGUACAUAGGUCCGGACCUCGGUGACUUCAUAGCUGGCUACGGGCGCUCAGCUAUUGAUGCGCUAUAUGAGAAUAUCUGUUGAGAGAUUAAGUAAUUUCUGACCAAUCAGGGCAUCUGCUCGGCGAACGGUAGAGAGGAUUCCAUCUGCUGCCAGGAGAUUGGGAAGCGAGAGGGUACUUGUUUAGUUUCAAAAUCUUGUUCUCUUCUGCUCUUGCUCUCUCAGGGCUCGGCCCAGACAAAAGAAUGGUCCUCUCCUAUCCUCUCCUCGCCGCACUCUCUAGUGAUUGCUUGUGGGAGUUUACCACUAUGUCGAUGGAAUUGCUUAAAACCAUGAAAUUAAAUUCACCACUCGUACGCUUUGUCCGCCAGUACUCACUGAAUUUGGUUGUGGAAUCAAAUGGCA